AUGGAAGAAACAUCUCUGCUGUUGCUGCUCGCUCGUCUGACCGUGACCCCCCACAGCUCCCAGUUUUUUGAAGAUGAAUCAUUCUCUCUGCGCUGUGAGGAGGACGACGGUUCUGCUGGAUGGACGACGAUGAGGACCACCAAAAAUCGACAGAGGACCAAGUGUGGAGUUGACUGGGGAACGUCAGAUGGUUCCUUCUGUUACAACACUGUAACAGCACCCUGGGAUACUGGAGUUUACUGGUGUGAGUCCAGAGAGGGAGCAACCAGUAACAGCAUCAACAUCACUGUCACUGGUGGACCAGUGAUCCUGCAGAGUCCUGUCCUCCCUGUGAUGGAGGGAGAUGAUGUCACUCUGCACUGUAAAACAGAGAUCUCCAACCUCCCAGCUGGUUUCUAUAAAGAUGGCUCCCUCAUCAGGACUGAGCCUGCAGGUCACAUGACCAUCCACCGGGUUUCCAAGUCUGAUGAAGGCCUCUACAUGUGUCACAUCAGCAGUCAUGGAGAGUCUCCAUCCAGCUGGAUCUCUGUCACAGGUAAACCUACAACCACAACCCCGCCCCAUGUGUCUGAAGUCCCGCCCCCUGCAUCUGGAGCCCCGCCUCCUGUCUCAGCUCCUCUCCAGCUUGUGUUCACACUGGUCCGCCACCUAGUAGUGAUCUGUCCGUACUUCAUCUCCACUCUCCUCAUGGUGUCUUUAUAUCGACACAGGCCAACAGGAAACAACCUUCCUGUCUCCAUGGCAACACCCCUGCCCGACCAAGCUGGAGGUAGAUUGGCCGAGGACUAUGAUGACGUCAUGGAAGUCACCACCGAGCAUCAGUUCUGA